AUGAAAAGAUUACAGUCACAAGGAUUUUCAUGUAAACAAGCAGAAGAAGAUGCUGAUGCAGACAUUAUUAAAACUUCGAUAGAAAUUGCCAGAGAUACCAAUAAAACUGUCAUUGUUGUGGGUCAAGAUAUUGAUUUUUUGGUCCUUUUGAAUCAAUUAACUUCAAAUAAUCAUGACAUUUAUUUUCUCAAACCAGGUUCUGGAAAUGUAAAAGAUCUAUUUUUCACGUCUAAUAGUUUCAAAUAUGAAUCCUUCAAAAAUAUCGUUGCAUUUCUGCAUUGUUUUUCUGGUUGCGAUACAACAUCUGGAUUUGCCGGAAAAGGAAAGAAGAGUAUUUUAAGAACUGACUUAGAUAACUGUGUUUAUUUUUCACUUCAACUGGAUGAAUCAACAGAUAUCGUUGACACUACCCAGAUGGCCGUGUUCGUCAGGAUGGUUUUUAGUGAUUAUACGAUUAAAGAAGAUCUUUUGAAGUUUAUUCCACUGAAAGAACACACUACUGGACAGGAGUUGUUUUCUCAUUUAAAAAAUAUUAUUUCUUCUGAGAAAAUUCCAAUAUCGAAAAUGGUAGGCUUGACAACCGAUGGCGCUCCAGCUAUGGCUGUUUCUCAUGACGCUUCUAACAGUUUCAACGCCGAAGAAGUUGCUUCUGAACCCGAUCUUGUACCAGAACUUCAAAAUAAAUCUGCUGAUGCUGAAGACGUAGUUUAUGUAAAACAUGGUAGAGGUAGUGCAGACUUUUUCACUUCCGAUCCAUGUUUAUGGGAUGUAAGUGAUGAAAUAAAGGAUUUUAUUUGUACCCAAAGUAGUGUAAAGCAAAAUAGUGACUCCGAUUUUAAUGAAUCCAAAAGACCGUAUCCAGAUAAAAUUCGCUUCCUGUCUAAGAGUUUGUUUACGAAAAAACUUCAAAAUGGAGAAAACAAACAGAGCGUGGAUGGUUUAUUCACCAUAAAAAGGGAGUUACUUAAGAGAGUGGUGACAGCUGUUAAAUAUUUAAUUGUGCAAGGGUUGGCUCUCCGAGGAUCUGAUGAACUUAACUGUAGAAACUUCAUUGAACUUCUGAAAUUUAUAGCCCAAUUCGACCCUUUUAUGGCCGAACAUCUACGUCAAUACAGCGACCAAGUUAGUCAAAACAUUCUUCGUUUAAGAACAUCUGUUACGAAGGCAGUUUCUUAUAGAAAAGAAAAUAGUCUUAGCACUAUUAAUAACGUUUUGCUUUUAAAGAAAGACAUAGACAAUGCAAGUUUUCACGUUUUUGGUGAUCAUAAAAACUGCGUUAUUUAUUUUUGUCAGAAGCAUAUAGAUGAAACCAAAAACGAAAUAACCAAUUUCAGAUCUAAACCUGAAUUUUUUACAAGACUUUUACAAAUUAUACAUGCUUUGUCAGAUCACAGCAGAAGUCUAUUACAUGAUGUUGAUAGUAAUAUUGUGGAACAAUUUCAUGCGACAGUCGCUAAGUUUGUAGGUGGCAAAAGAAUCAAUUAUUCCAGAGAGCGCUCUUACCAAAGUAGAUGUUUUGCAGCAGUUGUAUCAUAUAAUUCGAAAUCAGGGAAUUUAGAAUUGAAAAAAUACUUUAAACCGUACUAA